GUAAAUAAAUAACGUUCAAAAGUUCUUCAUGGCUUGUCCACUGCAGGCUCCUGUGCGAAACCCUCGCAGAUGCUAUGCGAAGUUCCUACAGAGCUCCAUUCUUCCUUGGUGACACCUCUGCGUCUACGUCUCUUUGCUCUGCGUGCAUUUCUACGAUCUUGCCGUGAAUUAGAGCGGCGAGAGCCAGGGGUAUCCUCCCCUGGGAGGUCGAAGGCUCCUCCCACCGUGGAAUCUCAUCCGGUCGAAGGCCCUUCUAAGAGCCAGGCUCAAGGUGACACUACUGCCUUGGCAAUCUGCACACAAUCCGCCGCCCUGGAGGCUGUUCCCAUUUCUGCCAUUCUUGGGCUAAGGAGGCCCACACCGUCCCAGAAGCGGCCACGGGAAGGGGUCACUGAUGAUGACUUCCUUCCCAAGAAGAGUAAGGGUGAUGGUGCCCCUGCUUCGCCCAGCCCCCUGGCUACUUCUUCUGAACUCCAAAGAGCAACUGGGCGAUCCCAGCCUGUGGUGGAAAACACCUCCCCGCCAACUGCUACUACUCCCCAAGGGAUGGAGAAAGAGAUUGGGGGACAGAAGGAACCGGAGGAGCAGCAUUCCACCGCAGCGCCCCCGACCUUCAAUCUCCCCAUCCGAUGCAGGUUCACGCCGCAAACUUAUCCUGUCUUCAAGGAGGGUUGGGCAGGUUUUUCCCGUGGUCUGAACUCCCUGAAGGCCUCCCACUCCACCAUCCAAUUCAAUCUGGAGAAGAUGAAGGGAUUGGUGCAGGACUCUAUAAUUCCAGAGGCACGCCCUGACCUGCUUGCCCUUGAUGUCCUUCACUCCAUGGAGCAGACCCAACAAUCACUCCUCACCCUGACUGAGGAGUACCUAGGUGGAGAAUGGGGAAAUUAUCGGGCCAUGGUGGUCCUUAAGGAUAAGGAGUUGGCCGCUAGAGCUCUGCAGCAAAAAGUUGGUUUCCUCGAGCAGCAAGUCCACGCCCUUCAAGAGGAGAACUCCAGGCUCAAAGCAGAUGCCUCAACGGAACUGCUGGCUGAAAGAUCCAGGGUUAAGUCCCUGCAAGAGCAGAUCGCUACCUACAAGGGAAGUACCCAGGACCUGGAGACACAAUUCAACAAACUCCGGGCGCAAAUCUCCAAUCUAGAGUUGAAAGUCUCUGCCUUGGAGGGCAAAGAGGGGAGCCUAAAAGCCGAACUGGUUGAAAGGGACUCCCAGAUCUUUGAAUUGGAGAAAUCACUCCGUGAGGCCAGGCAAGAGGGUGCCCACUUUAGUGAAGUCAUGUUGAAACACCUGGGGUUGAAACGGGAUGCCCUCCAGAAGCUAGAGAAGGAGAGAAAUAUUGUCAAAGAGCUCCGGUUGAAGGUGGGAGAACUGGAGAAGACUGGGGCUUCCCAUUAAGAAGAGGUGGUUGCCCUGACCGCCCGUGUCGAGGCCCUCUACGAAGAGGGGAAAUUUGACAUGCAGCUCUGCAUUUACGAGGCGGUCCGGAGUGGUCUCCCGGCUCACCGGUCCUUAGAUGAUUUCAUCACAUACUACGGCUUGCCUCUUCCCCUUCCUCCCCCAAACUCUCGUGCUAAUCCGGGGCCUUGAUUUUCUUCUUCUCCGACAAUCAUUGUAUUUUACUUUGUAAUAUCUUAAUUGUAUCGACUUGGUAAUGCUUGUAGCAUUU